CUUCCGGUUCCGGUUCUCCAUCCGGUUAACAAAUUGACAGCUAAAAUGGAUCGACUCCCUGCAAGACCACAGUUGAAUGACAGUUUCCCCUCCCCGCCUUCAUGCUGGGCUCGUCCCCCUUACAGGGGCCAUCGAGAAGCUUCUGCCCGGGGCUACCCUUCGUACUCACCGACCUCUCCCAUGUAUUCCCCUGGUUCUAACCGUGGACACUGGGGCGGCCCUCAAGCAGGGUCCGGUUGUAGAGGACGGGGUUUCGGAGGGUCUCCGGCGGUGUUCGGCAGCGGGGGUCGCGACUUCGGAGAGAGGACGCAAAGACGAGGAAACCGUUUUGAGUGGCCGCGAAACUUCAGUCCAUCAGCUUCGAAGGAUCCUUCUUCUGAUUCAGUGGAGAAGUACUUCAGUCCGUCCAUGUUGGAGGAUCCGUGGGCAGCGCUGCAGCCAAAGGAGUCCCAGACAUCAGCCAACAACAAUCAAUGAACAACAAUAAUAAUAUCCGGCAACAGGAAGUAGCUGGUAGGUUCCUGAUUAAUUCAGAAAUCAUUCCAUUUGAUUGGUGGCUAUACAGUAAGUCAUACCUCUUACAGUAUGUGCAUGUUAAUGCACUGUAUAUCAGGGAUUUGGGGUACAAAAGGCCUUAUUUGUGGAAAUACAAUACCAGGAAAGACUUAGUCUGUUCCUGAUCAAUCCAAGAAUCAGUUAGAUAAGAUUUUGCAAAUAAUGUGCAGAAGUACCCAGGUUUUAUGUAUAAAUGUAUACAUUGUCAAACUACAACAGGAAGUAGCUAGUCUAUUGUUAAGCAAUGCAAGAAUUCCCUUUUAGUGGAUGUUUGUAGACAUCCAGAGAUGGAUGGACAUGGAGAUAAUACAUGUUUUUUGUAUAUGUUCAUACAUUGUUUUAGGUUUAAAAAAAUACUUAUUCGUGGAUAUAAAACCGAAGCAAAGAAUUGAAUGCAAGAAUCAAUGAUUUUGAUAGGAUGUUUGUUAAUGUGGUGCAACAUAAUGAACCUUUAUGUGUAUGUAUAUGUACUGUGUAUUUUGGGUCUAUAAAGAUGUCUAAUUUUAAAUGUUUGAACAUAUUACAAUUGGAUUAUUAUUAUUAAAAAAAAAAAAACUUGUUCGAUUUAUUUGUCAAGUUUGCGGGGGCACUUUGAUAUUUUGUAAAGUAACACACAUUGGGAUGUCACGAGACACCCAACUGACAAGACGAUGCACGACAUUGGGUCUACAAGAACGAGACAAGACAGGAUUUUAACAUUCAUUUUAAGAAAAGUCUAAAGAAAAAUCUGACUGGACGAACAAACGUUUUUAUUUAACUGAGUCACAAAACAAUGCAGGUGUGUUUUUAAAAGUUUAUCGCCCCACAAAUUUACAAUAAAGGAUUGUUAUUGUCAGCAUUUUUUUGACUAAAUAAAGCACUAAUGUUAUAAUAUUUAAUAAUAAUAAAAUAUCAUAAUAAUGCAAUAUUUCCUUUAACAUAUAAUCUUUGAUUUUAAAGUUGUGGAACUGCCGUUUAUAUCAUGCUUUUUCUCACAAGCAAUACCUACUGUCUAUAAAACAUUUGCAGCAUUUCUUGAUAUGCAGGCUUUUCAACUGUAUUAAAGAGCAGCAUUUUUUUUGCAAUGUGUUAAACCAGUGUUUUCCAACCUUUUUUUAUUGUGUACCCCCAGAGCCUUUUUGUCAUACCAUGAGUACCCCUUCACUCAUAUGUGUUGAUAAUUCUCCAAAAGUAGAAUGUAACACAACUUAUGAUUUUGGCACAGGUUAUUGUCUCCCUGGGGAAACUCGUUGUAACGCACACAGUCCUUUUCAUUGUCUGGCUUAAUAGAAACGACUGAGAAUAUUUACUUGUGUUAGAAAUUAAAUGUUUCCAUGUACCGCCUGCAAUUUGUUCAGGUACCACUAGGGGUACGCAUACCCCUGGUUGGGAAUCACUGUAUUAAACCACACACUGUGAAUGCACACCAUUUUCCUGUAGGUGCUGAAACCAAUGUGUAGAGUGAAUCCUUUUCCUGCCGUUUUGGAGGUCAACGACAAGGAAAACAGAUGCACAUGUUACCGACACCAGACUAUAUGGAAUCUGGACCAAUAACACAGGUUACACAGGCUGUGGUGCACUGUGUAACCAGUAAAAAUGAGUGUAACAAUGGAGAGAGAUCAAAAGUUAGCACCUUCUCAUGAUUGAGCUCCUUUAUUAAUCAGCGGUGCAUGGCUAAAGCUAACGCGCCAGUCCCGCUACUGAAUCACUCAGCACCAUGACACACCAUCUGCUGGCGUAAACAUGUCAUUACACUGUCAAAAUGGAAUAGUCCAAUACAUCGGAAAUAGUAGUUGGUAAGAUUCAGUUAUUAACCAAAAUUGUUUGGGGGUGCCUGAUGAAUUUACAGUUCUGCGUGCAGCAUUUCCAACCUCCUACACAGGCACAUGGCAAUAUAUGCAGGCGGGCAAAAUUAUCCAGUUCAUUUUCAUUAAUUUAUUUAUUAUCUAUUUAUUUGUUUGUCUGUAUUUAUUUAUUAUCUCACUAUAUCUCGCAAGCUCUCGAGACACCCUUAGUAUAUGCUAAGAAGUUACAUAUGUUUCAAGAAAAAAACUGCAUCUCCGCUUUGCAAACUUCUGUCUUUGCCUUUGCCUUUUUGGCUUAUGCCCUGUGUCUUUUUGUUGUUGGACUCUCAACAUUUCUGUAUACGUUUUUACUCCUGUGGAGUUUAUUUUGCAUUCAACUUUUUUUGUUCACAUCUGAUUGUGUUGCCUCUGCAUCUUGGGAUCCAAACACCGGCUUAUGCCGAGUCAUGACAAUUUCAACUCUAUGCUACUA